AUGGAGGCUGAGGGCCACAGACGCCUCCUAGCAGCUCGGCCGUCCGCGCAAACACACUCAGUCCUUUGUGAACGUCAGCAGAGUCGAGCAAUGAUGAUAUUCCUCAUGGACCUGCAGAUGAUGCUGCUGGACAUGAUUUACUUCAUCCUGCGCAACACCCUGCGGGCCAUCCUGCGACCGCGCGUCAAGCCCAUCGACGGCGAGCUGGUGCUGAUCACUGGGUCGGGAGGAGGCCUGGGUCGCCUCUUCGCCCAGGAGUUCACCAAGCAAGGCGCCGAGGUGGUGCUGUGGGACGUGGACGGCGCCACCAACGAGCGAACAGCCAACCUGGUGCGCGACUUGGGGGGAAAGGCGCACGCCUACACUGUGGAUGUCACCAAAAGGGAGGACGUGUAUCGCUAUGCCGAUCUGGUGCGGAAGGACCUGGGUCGGGAUGUCACCAUGCUGGUGAACAACGCCGGAGUGGUGGCUGGCCAACGAGUGCUGGACUGUCCGGACGAGCUCAUCGAAAGGACCAUGAUGGUCAACUGUCUCGGACUCUUCUGGACAGUGAAGGCCUUCCUGCCUCAGAUGAAGGCCAAGGAUCACGGCCACAUCGUGACCAUCGCCAGCGUGUUGGGCCUCUUCAGCACAGGUUGCGUAGAGGACUACUGCGCCAGUAAGUUUGCUGCAGUGGGUUUCCAUGAGUCUCUUGCUCACGAGUUGCUGGCUGAAGAAGUGGAGGGCGUGAAGACCACACUGGUGUGUCCUUACAUCGUGGACACAGGCAUGUUUGAGGGCUGCCGGAUCAGAAAGGAGAUGGAGCUCAUCUUGCCUCCUCUGGAUCCUCAGUACUGUGUGGAGCAAGCCAUGAACGCCAUCCUCAUAGAUCAACCCUUAGUGUGCAUUCCACGUCUCACCUACCUGCCUGUCCUAUGCAGAGCGUUGCUGCCAUGGGAAUCCAAUGUGGUUUCGUAUCGUUUCAUGGGCUCCGACAAGUGCAUGUAUCCCUUCAUUGAUGCCAAGAAGAAACAAAUGUUAAAUGGUGUCAACUCGCUUGCAUAGGUUUCCUGUCUUUGCAAGUCAAAAUAUAAUAAAUUUCAUACAAAAUGUCAUUCUGCAAUGUCAGAUGAAAAAAGAGAAUUGGGCUACUUUCAGGAUUCACUACUCACAGACUGAAGGUCAAAACACAUGCAGAAGGCGAGAUGACGACUCAGACAAGUGGUUAUCAGCCCUACAGUUUUGUUUAAUCAAAAAAAGGAAACGAUGCAACUCUGUAACAUCUGUGCUGUAUG